AUGACAUCCAACGAAAAAACACAUUUACAUAUCUUUUUAUCACCAAUACAAGAAGUGCAAGAGCCACAACCAUUACAAGAAACAUCAUCAUUGCAACAACAUGAACAAGAAGCAUUACCACUAUCAUCAUCGAUUAUUUCCAAUAUAUCACCAUCUUCUAAUAUUGAACAACGAGCAGUAUCAACCACCUCUACCGCAGAGUUCACUUUUAGACCCCAUUUUUUUCCUUCUUCAUCGAAUGUACAAGAUACCAAUUCUUCUUCUUUAGAUUCUUCGACAGCAACAAAAAUAGCCAAAACAGCUGUUGCAAUUAAAAGUACUAACUUACUAUUAGAUAGUAAUAACAAUAGUAAUAGCAUGACAUCGUUAAAUAAACAACAACAGCAGCAACAGCAGAAAUUAGUUCAAUUUUUUCUAAGGUCAACGACAUCAACAAUUACAGCACCGGAACCAUCAUCUUCAUUAAAUGUAUUUUCACAACCACUUUUUAGAAAUAAAUCAACUCGAGUUUCUUUUAAAGAAUUUCAAAAAAACGCGUCAUCAAAUUCAUUACUAUCUACCGAUGCUAAUACCAAUAUCAAUGCUAUUAGUGCUGAUGACAAUAUUGUCAAUAAUAAAGCCAAUUAUUUUUCUUCUGUUAAUAAUAAUAAGAAAAUAUUCUUUCCAACUAACAAUAAUAAUAUCGCUAGUAAAAAUAGUGCCGGUGAUAGUAUUGAAGUUAGUAAUGCUAGUGACAAUAUCAAUAAUAAAGAGGCGAUAUUAUUAGAAAAGAAUAAUGACAAUAAGAUCAGCAAUGACAGUAAUAAUGAAUCGAAUGUCACAAACAUUAAUAAUAAUGAUGAAUUUCUUAUUGGCAGUAGUAAUAGAAUUAAUAGUAAUAAAGAAUCAAAACUUCAUUGUUAUGAUGGUGAUGACGUUGCAAUUGAAAAUAGUCAAGAAAAAAAUUAUAUUUCUGAGAAGAAUGAUUCUAAAUCUUCACUAGCAUUUUACAUAAUCUAUCAACAAAGUGUCAGCAGUAACAAUAAAGAAUUUGAAAGAUGGUUACGCAAAUAUAAGCGUUUUGCCGGGGCCAUGACAGUUUUAUCAAUGGUGCACAUUGAGGUGUUGAGAUUAUUAAAUUCCAAAUUCUUGGGAUUGGAAAUUUUCAAGGCUAGAUUUGAUCAUGGCGCGGUAAAAAAGAUCUUUAUUGGUGGUCUGUUCAAUUUGAUUAUUGAAGAUAUUCCUCAGCUUGUAAUUGCGGCAUUAUAUCAACAAAAAACGCAAUCAAGAGAAGUAAUACCAAUCUUGACAAUAAUAUCAGGUGUAAUAAUGUUAUUAAAUGAUCUGAUUAGUAGGAUAUAUGAACUUAUAACAGUACCAAAACCUCGUAAAUCAGAUGUAAAUCCAAGUAAUAUAAUUAAUUCAAACCCUGGUCUAAACGAAACAAGUCUUUACCCAAAACAUAGUAAUAAGUCUGGCAAUCUAGAUAAUACAAGUAAUCCAAGUUUAGGCAAUCCAAAUUUUUAUUCAAACCAUAUUAAUAAUAGUUCACAUCAUGAUCUAAAUGGUAAUUACCGAUCACUAGAUCAAAAUUAUCCAUUACAACCAAUAACAAAUUAUCCAUUACAACCAAUAACAAAUUAUCCAUUACAACCAACAACAAACUAUCCAUUACAACCAACAACAAACUAUCCAUUACAACCAAUAACAAACUAUCCAUUAUCAUUAACAACACAACCGAUUGUACCAAACAAUCAACAGAUUGAAAUUUCACCUGAGGGACAACCUUAUACUACUGGUUAUGUAUAUGUUCCAAAUUAA